AUGGUUAAUCAAUUGCGACCCAAUGGAUUGUUGAGCCCGUCGAGGGGACAGCCACGCGGCCGUGGAUUUUCAGAGGACCCUUUGCAGCAGCAGCUGUUCAGGCCCCAGCUGAACAGUUCGCUACCUCGAGUUUACAAGCCGUCAGAAUUACCUCCGGAAGACCUUUUAGUUCUCCUUCCAGGAAACGCGUACUGUAAGGUCUCAGACGUAUACGUGCAAGAUCGCAACCGAGUCCCUUCGGACACAGAGAAGGUGUAUGCGGUGCCACUAGCCGGGAUCAUCCGCAGAUAUUCAACUCUCGUCAAGAACUAUGAGCACCUGAAGGAACAGUGCCUGUACCUCAAGAGAGAACGGCUCCGGUCUUUUUACCAAGACUCCGCACCUGCCUAUCAAGACUCCGCACCUGACCCUGCCCAUGAAUAA